CAUCUCCCAUCUAUUUAGGAUUUUCAUUUUGAUAGAUUUUUUUUAUAUAUAUAUAUUUUUAUUUAUGUAUAUUAUAUUUUGGCAGCUUCUUGAAGAGCGCUUAUUACUGAUGACUUUGAACCUGUGUGGAUUACAUACCUUGCGAAAGGAAAUGCUCUUCUGUGUGCUGCGUACAAGUUUUAUUUAUGUCAAGCCUGCAGAGAGCUGGAUGCUGCAGUGAGCUCAGGAUAUAAAGGGAAUGCCCAGAGCACACCAGAGGCAAACUCUCUUCAGGACGGGUGUGCUCUGAUGGAGGCCGGUCUGUAAGGUGGAGGAGGCCGUAAAGAGGUCCAGACGGAGCCUCCUAUCCUCCCUACCUGAUCAGCGCUACACGGCUAAUAGCCAUGGCUCCCCGGAAGCGCGGGGGCGGCGGUAGCCGGGGCGGCCUCUCUUUCGUCUUCUGCUGUUUUAACAGCAACGAUCACCCAGAGAUCACCUACAAGCUGCGGGAGGACUUUGCCUUGCAGAGCAUGGAGCCGUCUCUGCCGAUGCCAGGAUAUGACGAGCUGGAUAACAUGUUCUCAGAGCUGGUGGAUGAGCUGGACCUUACAGAGAAACACAGGGAAGCCAUGUUUGCCCUGCCUGCAGAGAAGAAAUGGCAAAUUUACUGCAGCAAGAAGAAGGAGCAAGAAGAAAACAAAAGCGCAACUAGUUGGCCAGAGUAUUAUAUUGAUCAGCUCAACUCAAUGGCAGCUAGAAAGACCCUUCUCGCUCUGGAGAAGGAAGAUGAGGAAGAAAGAAAUAAAACCAUAGAGAGCCUGAAGACGGCUCUGAGGACACAACCUAUGAGGUUUGUGACCCGUUUUAUCGACCUGGAUGGCCUGACGUGCAUCCUGAACUUCCUGAAGAGCAUGGACUACGACACCACAGAAUCGCAGAUCCACACGUCGCUGAUCGGCUGCAUCAAGGCUCUGAUGAACAACUCGCAGGGGCGUGCCCACGUCCUCGCGCACUCCGAGAGCAUCAACAUCAUCGCCCAGAGCCUGGCCACGGAAAACAUUAAGACUAAGGUGGCAGUGCUGGAAAUAAUGGGUGCUGUUUGCCUUGUGCCUGGUGGACACAAAAAGAUUCUGGAGGCCAUGCUGCACUAUCAACGCUUUGCCUGUGAGAGAACGCGAUUCCAGACACUUAUAAAUGAGCUGGACAGGAGCACGGGGAGAUACAGGGACGAGGUCAACCUGAAAACAGCCAUCAUGUCCUUUAUUAACGCUGUGCUGAGUCAAGGAGCUGGAGAGACUAGUUUGGAAUUUCGUAUCCAUCUCCGAUAUGAAUUUCUUAUGCUGGGAAUUCAGCCUGUGAUCGAUAAGCUGCGAUCACAUGAAAACUCCACUUUAGACAGGCAUUUAGACUACUUUGAGAUGCUGCGGAACGAGGAUGAGCUGGCUUUAUCGAAACGGUUCGAGUCGGUACAUAUAGACACCAAAAGUGCCACACAAGUUUUCGAUCUCAUCCGCAAGAAGAUGAACCUCACUGAUGCAUACCCGCACUUUAUGUCUGUACUUCAUCACUGUCUGCUAAUGCCACACAAGAGAAGCGGAAACACGGUACAAUACUGGCUGCUGUUGGACCGGAUUGUCCAGCAGAUGGUCCUACAGAACGAUAAAGGUCACGACCCAGACAUCGCACCGCUGGAGAACUUUAACGUAAAGAAUGUGGUCAGGAUGCUGGUCAAUGAAAACGAGGUCAAACAGUGGAAAGAGCAGGCAGAGAAAAUGAGGAAAGAACACCAUGAGCUGCAGCAAAAGUUUGAGAAAAAAGAACGUGAAUGUGAUGCAAAGACACAGGAGAAAGAGGAGAUGAUGCAGACGCUCAACAAGAUGAAAGAGAAGCUGGAAAAGGAGAGCAACGAACACAAGAAUGUCAAACAGCAAGUGGCCGAACUUACAGCGCAACUGCAUGAACUCAGCACCAGACGGGCAGCAGCUGUCGUUCCUGGAGGUCCUCCUCUGCCCCCCGGACCCCCUGGCAGCCCUCUGCCUCCUCCACCGAUGCCGCCAUCAUUUGCAGGUUUGUGCCCCCCACCUCCUCCUCCUGGUGGUGCCAUGCCUCCUCCACCUCCUCCACCCCCUCCACCCGGUGGCCCUCCGCCUCCCCCUGGACGCGCACCCAUGGGGGGCAUCCCUCCACCACCAGGAGCCCCCCUGGGACCAUCUUUGAAGAAGAAGAACAUUCCUCAGCCAUGCAAUCCUCUCAAGUCUUUCAACUGGUCCAAGUUGGCUGAGAAUAAGCUGGAGGGUACUGUGUGGAUGGAUGUGGACGAUGCCAGAGUUUUUAAAGUCCUGGAUCUGGUGGACAUAGAGAAGACAUUCUCAGCAUAUCAGAGACAGCAGGACUUCUUAAUGAUCAAUAACAGCAAACAGAAAGAAGCAGAAGACGACACCUUGAGCUCUAAGAAAGUCAAGGAGCUAUCAGUCAUUGAUGGUCGUCGGGCUCAAAACUGCAACAUCCUGCUCUCACGACUGAAGCUCUCAAAUGAGGAGAUUAAGAGAGCCAUUCUUACCAUGGAUGAGCAUGAGGACCUUCCUAAAGACAUGCUGGAGCAGUUGCUGAAGUUUGUUCCUGAGAAGAGCGAUGUGGAUCUCCUGGAGGAGCACAAGCAUGAGCUGGAUCGCAUGGCCAAACCUGACCGCUUCCUCUAUGAGAUGAGCAGAAUAAACCACUACCAGCAGAGGCUUCAGUCGUUGUACUUCAAGAAGAAGUUUGCAGAGAGGAUUGCUGAGAUCAAACCCAAAAUUGAAGGUCUUACUAAGGCUUCCAAGGAGAUAUUACACAGUAGAAACCUGAAGCAGCUGUUGGAGGUGGUGCUUGCUUUUGGAAACUACAUGAACAAGGGUCAGAGAGGCAACGCUUACGGCUUUAAAGUGUCUUCACUCAACAAGAUCGCCGAUACCAAAUCCAGUAUUGACAAAAAUAUAACUCUGCUGCACUACCUGAUCACCAUCCUAGAGAAGAAAUACCCUAAAGUCCUCAAGUUCCAGGAUGAUCUGCAGAGUGUCUCAGAGGCAGCUAAAGUCAACAUGACAGAGCUGGAGAAAGACAUUGGCAACCUGCGCAGUGGCUUAAAAAGUGUUGAGAGUGAGCUGGACUUCCAGAAGAAUCGCCCGCAGGAAGUAGGUGACAAGUUUGUGUCAGUGGUGAGCCAGUUCAUCACCGUGGCCAGCUUCAGCUUCUCCGACGUGGAAGAUUCUCUCGCCGAAGCCAAGGAACUGUUCCUGAGGGCAGUGAAGCACUUUGGGGAGGAUGCCAGCAAGAUGCAGCCAGAUGAGUUCUUUGGCAUCUUUGACCAGUUCCUGCAGUCGUUCACAGAGGCUCAGCAGGAAAACGAGAACAUAAGGAAACGCAAGGAAGAGGAGGAGCGCAGGGCCAAAAUGGAAGCUCAGCUGAAAGAACAGAGAGAGAAAGAACGCAAGGCCCGGAAAGCAAAAGCAAACGGAGAGGAAGACGGCGGCGAGUUUGACGACCUGGUGUCUGCGUUGCGGUCAGGCGAAGUGUUUGACAAGGACCUGUCCAAGAUGAAACGCAACCGCAAACGGAUCAACAACCAGAGCACGGACUCGAGCAGGGAGCGGCCGGUCACGAAGCUCAACAUCUAAAACGUCCGUCUCUGCUGGCUUGUUUUUCCUCUUCAGCAUCGGUCUCCCGCUGGGUCAAACUGACCUCCACAUUCCUCUGCACCUUCAUCCACCACCACCCAGAUAGGCCUGAAUAAAUCAUGACCUCGUUGCAGAGCCAUGCACUACACAACACAUUCAGUAACUUGUAUUUUUUUUUUUUUUAUCUUAUUCUGUUAGAUUGCCAUACGAGAGGGGGUGGAAACCAAACGCUGAUAAGACUUUGACCAAAUCAGAUCAGUUUGUUCAGACGAAGCUGGAGACCAGCCUCCCUCCAGGUGUGGGAGAUGCUUGGGGUUGUUUGAUAAGAUCCCUUUUCAUGCUGCUUUUCUACAUCUGAAUCUAUGCACAAACUGAAACGUGCAGCUUUUAGACUCAUUCGGAGCCAGGAGAGGCCAUUUUGUACGGACUGGUUUCAUAGACAGAAAGGCAGCCAGGUUCAGCUACCUGAGGUGUCCCAGACAGACUGGAUGCUCUGCUGCUGCAGAAACAUCACAGGACUGAGACUCUGCGCUAUUGGGACACAAACUGAAAGUAAUAGAGAAGCAGGGAUUUUUCUAUUCAUUACUGAUGGGGAGCAUUUAUUAUAUAUACGUGUGUGUAUAUGUUUCAUUUGAACAUUCUCCUGUUAAGAGCUGGCCUUGACUGUGUUAGUUUUUCUUUGUUGGGUGGGGUACUCUCACAACCUGCAGCCUCUCAACAUGUGUGAACACUCAUGUCAUAAACAGCAUAUAUCCAAAUAUAAGGGUGUGUGCUUACACACACACACACACACGCACACACACACACACAUAGAAAUGUAUAAUUCUUAUGCUAAAUGCCAUUUUAAGAACAGAAAACAAUUCUUGAAAUAUAUUUCCCUACACAUAAUGAGAGUUGCCCCACUUUAAUGUCUUUAUUUGAACAAAUUAAGUAUGUUUUCAGCACACUGGCUGGAUUUACACUGCAUUUAAAAACCCAUGUAUAGGGUAACUACGUAUUUGAAUUUCAGCUUUGUGAAUCGAUCCAGCGUCAAAACAUCCCCACUCAAGUUUUAUAAUUUAAAUACUGCCUUCCAUUUGAUCGGAUAUUAAUAAGAAUAAUAAUAAAUGGUAGAAAUUA